AUGCCUCAACAAAUUUCAUACCGUCCCGUUUCAGACUCUCCCGACGCUACCUAUCAUCUGAUAUUCUUCAUCACAGGCAACCCAGGAUUGAUAGGUUACUACUCGACCUUUCUUUCGCUCCUCAACGAUCUCCUGUCUUCCUCGCCCACCAAGAAUUCGGAUACCUACCAUAUAUUUGGCCAAUCGUUGGCUGGUUUCGAGACGGACGAUGUCCCCUCUUAUUCUCCCAAUCAAAAUCCAUACUCAUUGGAACAACAAAUAGAUCUUGUUCAUGAUUGCCUAGUAGAGCAGAUAAAUGGUUCACCCACACAAUACAAAAACGUGAUCUUGAUAGGGCAUUCAGUUGGAUCCUAUAUCCUUCUAGAAACUCUUUCCAAGCUUAUUGCACCGGCUGCAGUUUCUUCAAUAUCUGCAGUUUUGUCAGGCAUUCUUCUGUUCCCAACAGUUACUCACAUUUCUCACUCCCCUUCCGGUGCAAAGCUUACGCCUCUGAUGUCAAUUCCGAACUUUCCUGUCUUGGCGUCUUCUACGGCUAAAAUGCUUCUUUAUUGUGCUCCGAAUGUUGUUUUGGAUUUUCUCGUGAAGAAGGUCACGGGAAUGCCAGAGGAGGCAGCGAAAGUCACCACGAGCUUUUUGAGAAGUAAAAAUGGUAUUUGGCAAGCACUACAUCUUGCACGUGACGAAAUGAACACCAUCACGGAUGACAAAUGGGAUUCGGAGAUCUGGGGUGUUGAGCAUUCCGAGUCGUCUCAAUCUUCUCCACCUAAGCUCAUUUUUUAUUUUGGGGAAAAUGAUCACUGGGUAGCAUCUCAUACUCGCGAUGCACUCAUUGCUGCACGAGGUUCUCCUGUGCCAUCAGCCUCUUCCACCUCCUCAUUUUCAAUCAAGGAAACUAACAAGCCUAUCAUGAUUAUUGACAAAGAGGGGAUCGAUCAUGGAUUCUGCAUCAAUCACAGCGAAACAAUGGCAGCCAAAGUGAAAGACUGGAUAGAUAAGAUAAUUCAAGAUGCAUGA